UAUAGCAAUGGCUUUCAGUCGAUUUUCCAAGCUCGUAGCAGUCGCUCUCUGUCUCAUUCACCUCGUUUCAGGUGGUUACUCGGCGACGUUCACGAUUACAAACAAGUGCAGCAACACGAUUUGGCCCGGCAUUUUGUCCAACGCCGGGACGGCGCAGCUUUCUACUACCGGGUUUGCUCUACUACCCGGGGAGUCAAGCGCGAUUGCCGUCCCGGCCUCAUGGUCGGGUCGUUUAUGGGCGCGAACUUUCUGUUCAAACGACGCGACGACGGGGAAGUUUAGUUGUGUAACGGGAGAUUGUGGCUCGGGUACAGUCGAGUGUGCUGGAGGUGGAGCCGCGCCUCCGGCGAGUCUGGCGGAGUUUACCCUGAACGGCGCUAAUGGGAUGGACUUCUACGACGUCAGCCUCGUGGACGGUUACAACCUCCCCAUGUUGAUCGUGCCCCAGGGCGGCACAGGAGGCAACUGCACCACCACGGGCUGCGUUGUGGACCUAAACGCCGGGUGUCCAUCGGAGCUGAAGGUGACUACGGAGAUUGACGGCGGCGUGGCCUGUAAAAGCGCGUGCGAGGCGUUUGGGGAUCCCAUGUAUUGCUGUAGUGGAGCUUACGCGACACCUGACACCUGCACACCCAGCUCGUACUCGCAGUUCUUUAAAAACGCGUGCCCGAAAGCUUACAGCUAUGCCUAUGACGACGGCACCAGCACCUUUACUUGUGUUGCCGCCGACUACCUCAUCACCUUCUGCCCUGCCCCCGCUACCAGUGUGAAGUCGGCGAAUGGCCAGUUCCCAGUUGCGGCCGGCGUCUCUGCUGCUUCACAUCGUUCGAUACCAAACUUCGUCGCUUUCGCUACCGUCGUGGCGGCAGUUUGGCGGUUGCUGCUGCCGCUAUUCUGAUUCCUCUUCUCGCCUUAAAUUCAUUCGAGAAAGAGGUGUCUCUGACUCCGAGACCGUCCUAGUUAGAUUUGCGGUGGGCCAACGAAGUUUUGACGUCGAAGAGCGGGAGCCAAGUAUUCUGCUGAUGUGGCGAGAGCUUGCUAGGGCAAAAAGCUUUGAUCGAUAGAAACAAACGCAUGCAGCAAAUUUAUACACGGUGAUCCACGUCCUUCAAAUUGAAAGGGCAAAUCAUGAGCGUUACUUUGUGCGGCCAUCAUAGGAUUUGAUUUAUUUUAUUUGUUUUUAGAUCAGAUUUUGUGAAACAAGUAAUAGGAAGGAGGUAGCUAAUGGGGUAGAAUGUUAUUACUUAUUAGCCGGAAGAAAAUGCAUUUCUUUUUGCAACUAAUGCCAAAGAGAUGGAGUUAAAUGUGAUGUAUUCUCCUUUCUGUUGUAUAUAAUUUGGGAUCUAUUG